AUGGACGGUGGCGGUCGUAUGAAUGGGCCAGUGGACACGACGUUGUAUGAUAUCUUAAAAGUGAAACCGAAUGCUACCGAUGAUGAAAUUAAAAAGUCCUAUCGGCAUUUGGCGAAGGAGUACCAUCCUGAUAAAAAUCCAUCUCAUGGCGAAAAAUUCAAGGAAAUAUCGUUUGCUUAUGAAGUGCUGAGUAAUCCAGAUCGAAGAGGAGUUUAUGACGCUAGAGGUCUCGAUGGUAUCAAAGAAGGUGAUAGCGGAGGUUUUUCUGGUGCCGAAGAUCUUUUUUCAACGCUUUUUGGUGGAGGCUCGCUUUCGUCAUUUUUCGGUGGUAGUGGUGGACGACGGAGAAAAAUGCGUGGUCAGGACAUGGCUCAUCCAUUAAAAGUAUCUCUGGAAGAUCUCUAUAAUGGCAAGAAAUCCAAAUUACAGCUGUCAAAGCGAGUAAUCUGCAGCACAUGUCAUGGUCGUGGUGGUAAAGAAGGAGCAUCGUAUGACUGUCAAGAAUGUCGUGGAGCUGGUAUCAAGAACAUCAUAAGGAAACUUGGUUCCGGUCUAAUUCAGCAAAUGCAAAUACAGUGCCCAGAUUGUAACGGAACAGGAACGAAGAUACCGGAGAAAGAUCGAUGCAAAACAUGUAGAGGCGAGAAAACUGUGACUGAAAAAAAGAUGUUGGAAGUGGUAAUUCAGAAAGGAAUGCAUGAUGGACAAAAGAUUUGUUUUAGGGGCGAAGGGGAUCAGGAGCCAGGGGUUGAACCAGGUGAUGUGAUAAUCGUGGUGCAAUCUAAACCGCAUGAUAUCUUCCAGAGACAAGGUGACAAUUUACUAAUGCAAAAGAAAAUAUCAUUAAACGAUGCACUAUGUGGUUGUCAGUUUGUAGUCAAGCAUCUGGAUGGUAGGGAACUGAUAGUAACUACUCGGCCCAAUGACAUUUUGGAACCAGAUUGUGUUCGUGGCAUUCGUAAUGAAGGGAUGCCUAUGGUAGACAGUCCGGGUGCUGGGGGUGUUCUCUUCAUCAAAUUCACGAUCGAAUUUCCGGAAGACAAUUUCUUGAAAAACGAGACUGACUAUAAGUGCUUAGAAGCGCUCUUAGGUGGUCGCCCGCAAAGAGGUCCGUUACCAGAAGGCGAAAAUGUAGAAGAAGUUUCUUUGAUGUCUUACGAAGAACGUCGUUAUGAAAAAAAAGGUCGUGGUGGUCCAGGUGAAGUGUAUCAAGAUGACGCUGAUGAGGAAGAUGAAGAAAUGAGUGGUAGUGGUGGUGGUGGUGGUGGCACACACAAUGUUCAGUGCGCCCAAUCAUAG